AUGAUUCUUGUCACCCAAUUGUUUGGGUGCCCCAACAAUUGGGUGACCAGACCACGCUUUGGUGGACUGGGGAUUGGCAAGGCCAAGGACUGCCCUGGCUGGCAGUUGGAUCAACCGGCACUUGACAACCUGCAGGUGCGCAACUGAAUGUUCCCGUACCAAGUGGCAAUCUUUGUUGAAAUCUUGGGUUACCAAAUAUUCGACUGCGGAGGCAUCAUCAUAAACGAAAAUUUCUUUCUCACUCCAGCUCAUUGUUGCGAUGAUUUUCAGACGAGGACUGUGAAGAUUCAAGCUGGCAGUACACGUCUUGAAGACCCUGAUGCAGUUUAUAUUCCCGUUGCAGAAACCAGGUCUCAUCCUUUAUACGUAGGAGGAGAAGGAAAUAGUUCUUGUCAUGACAUUUGUGUGGUUAAACUGGCGGAAUCGAUUCCGAUGGGCAAUCCGAAUAUCGCAAUCGCCAAUUUCCCUACAUCUUCUGACACUAAUUAUGAUGGCGAGAUAGCAGUUGUAUCUGGAUGGGGUCUGCAUGAUAAUUAUUCAGAAACAAUAUCGCAAGAUCUACAAUAUGCGAGUAUUCCACUGCUUUCGUCUCAAACUUGUCGCCAACUCUUCAAUGCAGAAUCUGAGUUGUUUUGUGAGAAGGACAUAUGUACUGGCGACCAGGUGGGAAGCAAUGCUCCUACUGUUUGCGUGGGAGAUUCUGGAGGUCCUCUAACUUUGGAAGACACAGUGAUUGGAAUUGUGAGCCGAAACGAUGGGCCAAUGUGCAUGGGUGGCACUCCAGCAAUUUACACAGACAUCUCCAAAUACAUGGAAUGGGUACAUGAAACUGCAAAAAGAGAAGGACCACCAGUCCGCGUAUCCGGUCAGCCGCCAGACAUUCAAUUCACGGUUGCGCACCCGCCAGCCGUCAAACGCCGGUCCCUCCAAUUGCCAGCCAGGGCAGUGCUUGGUCUCUCCAAUCCCCAGCCCACCAAACCGCGGUCCGGUCACCUGAUUGUUGGGGCACCCCAACAAUUGGGUGACUAG